AUGUUCGAAAAUCCUAGGAGAGGCAGGCAAGCAAGAAAUUUUACAACAAAUGCUCCGAAAAUUCUAGAUCUCAAAUCGUCUUCCGAACAGAUAUUUUCCCGAAAAUUGCCGUUGGGUGCCCCUGAAACCGCCAAUGGUGGCUCCCUUUGCAACACGUCCACAGAACCAGAUCAUUAUUCUGUGGAAUGUUAUGGUCUCUCCAAAGACAGUGUAAUAGACACCAAUUCCUCUUGCGCAAGUCUGAAAGGAAAGGCACAAAAGACGCAUUACCCAUCAGAUUUGGAUUCUGACUUUGAAAGUCCUAAAAAACGACCCCAAAAAGAUCCUGAGUCAAAUUCCCAUAUUACACCCUGUAAUACAACAGCAAGCCACAUAGAUGACCACACAUAUGCCAAAGAUACAGAUCAAGCUGAUUCUAGUAGAAGCCAUCAGAUUCCACAGUCUGUUCAAAAAGUAUUACCAACUGGUUACCAAUACAGCUGCCAUGAAUUCAGAGAAAUUCCAUCACAAAACUUUACAGGUGCACUUCAAGAAAACUUCUACGUAAAGUUGUCUGUAUGUAACAUCACAACCAAGGAAGAAGUCAACCAGUGGCUGCAGCAAUUUACAACAUCUUCAAACAUUAAAUACAAUGCACAGGGUGGUUACAAACGAAAGGGGGUAAAAGUCAUUUAUGCACGAUGGUACAUUUGUCAGUGUAAACGCAAGAAAAUAACAAAAAAGCAAGUGGCAGCAAAGGAGGCUGCACUGAAAAGAAACGAAAAGAGGCACAGGACACACAAA